AACAAGAGCAGGAAGAUAGGAAAAAAUCGAUAAAAAAACACAUGAAAUUUAAUUGCCAGUGUCAGGCUUGUUUGUGUAACUGGCCUAGUUUGCAGGAAAUGUAUGAAAUGCCUGUGAAAAAUACUGAUCUCUUUUGUCGGAACUAUUUUGUCCCACGUGACAUUGAACUGUUUCAUAAAUUGACACCUCUGGUACGACCUAUCCUAUGUUGCCAUAAGGGCACAAGGGUCAGUCAAAGGACAGUUGCGCAACUGUCGGAAGCUAUGAGGAGUGCUGUAAAGCUGGACGACGAGACGGUACCAUCCGUCAUUAUGGGAGAACUGAUGAUUUGCUUAAGCAAGGUUUUGGAUAAUAUCUAUAAUAUUAUGGAUUGAAAAAGUUUCGUUUGAUAUUUUUUUAUAUUUUUAUAUAAACU